GGAUACUGGGAGAAGGCACCGAUUCAUAUCAAGCUACGUAUAACAUCUGAUUCAGAAGUUGUAGAGUUUUUCUUACUCUUUCAUUUUCUCUCUGGUUGCUUCGCUGAGUUUGAAGCUAUCGACAGAAGCAUGCAGUCAGUAGAAAGUUUGGUUACACAAAUCCAAGGGCUAUCGAGCACCGCAGCUGAUGUCGCAGCCCUUAACAAUUACUUGAGAGCAGCCGAGGAUUCGCUUCGUUCUGACUCCACUCGCUUAUUGUCGUUUCUCGAUCAGCUUGACCCCACCAUACACUCUCUUGGUUACCUUUAUUUCCUAGAGCGGUGCGUCUGCGGUUCGAUAACAAAAGAGCGAGCCAGUACAUUGGUUCCCAUCAUUGCCAGGUUUAUUGUUUCUUGUGCUGCAGAGCAGAUCCGAUUGGCAUCUGACAAGUUUAUAACUGUCUGUAAGAGGUUUAAGGAUAUGGUGAUGUUGCUCGAAGCACCCAUUAGAGGAGUGGGGCCAAUGCUGACUUCUAUCCGCAAGAUUCAGCCAUCCAUCGAACAUUUGACUACAUUACAUCCAGAGUUUUUGCAACUUUGUUUAUUAUCAAAGUGUUAUAAAACUGGCCUUUCAGUUCUUGAGGAUGAUAUUUACGAGAUUAAUCUGCCAAGGGAUUUUUUUCUCUAUUGUUACUAUGGUGGGAUGAUACUCAUUGGACAAAAGCAAUUUCGGAAAGCUUUGGAGCUUCUACACAAUGUUGUGACUGCUCCUAUGUCUUCAAUCAAUGCUAUAGCUGUGGAAGCUUACAAAAAAUAUAUUUUAGUUUCCCUCAUGCACCAUGGACAAUUUUCUACCAACCUUCCCAAGUACACUUCUUCAGCAGCUCAGAGGAAUCUAAAGAACUUCUGUCAGACCUACAUUGAACUAGCAAAUACUUACAACAAUGGCAAAUUUUCUGAACUGGAGACAUUUAUUCAGACAAAUAGGGAGAAAUUUGAAAGUGACAACAAUCUUGGACUUGUGAAGCAGGUUGUAUCAUCCAUGUAUAAGCGUAAUAUCCAGCGAUUGACACAGACAUAUUUGACUCUAUCCCUUCAAGAUAUAGCCAACUCAGUGCAACUAAGCAGUCCUAAGGAGGCAGAAAUGCAUGUGCUUCAGAUGAUACAAAAUGGUGAGAUAGAUGCAACGAUCAACCAGAAGGAUGGAAUGGUUAGGUUUUUAGAGGAUCCUGAAAAAUAUAAAACAUGUGAGAUGAUUGAGCAUGUUGAUUCUUCCAUCCACAGGAUAAUGGCCUUGUCAAAGAAACUGAAUACGAUUGAUGAACUUCUAUCAUGUGAUCCUUUGUACCUUGGAAAGGUUGGGAGGGACAGACAGAGAUUUGACUUUGAUGACUUUGACACAGUUCCUCAGAAGUUCAAUAUGUAAGACUUUGGGACUCCCUGCAUCUAGACUAUGUAAAUGAUGAUCUUAGAUUUAUUGUAGUUCUAUUGAUUUUUUGUUUUUGGUUUCAAUCUGCUCCAUCUUGUUCAAAGUAUGCAAGACAUUAGUUUUGGUUCUAAAUGAGCUGCUGAUAUGUGAAAUGCACUUGUUAUGAGCAUGUUUUACCUAUAAGCAAGUGAUCCAUUUUUCCUACA